CCAACUCAAUACCGAACGCUCUCCGGGCUCACGACAGCGACGCCCUCCGACGGGCCGACUCACGGCGGCAACGACCUCCGACAGUCCUGCUCACGACGGAGAAGCUCCUGUUGCAGUUUUCAUGUGUCUUCCGUCGAGUUAGGGCACACUUCUCGAAUCCACAAUCAACAACUCAAAUUGCCUAUUUUCUAUUUCCAUUUAGGUUCAUCAUCACCUAAUAUCAUUGCCUCUACAGUGACGCGAAGCAGAGUUUCAUCCUGUAUCUAAACUCCAGCGGCGUUAUGGUUUUUCUUUGAACCGAAUUCUAAAUUUGGAACUUUUUUGCACUCGAACCUGCGCCUUCUUCUCCAAGAGGCGUGUAGCAUUGCAAAAAAAACGAUGCUAGGUCUUUCGUAUGGAGAGCUUUUCCUUAUCCUCGGAGCCACGGCGGCUCUCAUCGGCCCCAAAGAUCUCCCUCGCAUAGCACGAGUCGCCGGGAGGCUCGCUGGCCGGUCAAUUGGAUACGUUCAAAUGGCCCGUGGACAGUUCGACAAUGUCAUGCAGCAGACUCAGGCUAAACAGGUGCACAAGGAACUUCAAGAUGCUCUUGCUCAAAUGGACGCCAUACGUCAUGAAAUGCGAGCAAUUUCCUUCGUGAAUCCUGGUCCAUUAACAAGGACGCUAAUGGACAAUGUUGGCCAGACUCCAGAGACAAGAGGGAACACUGAUCUUGAAAAACCGAGUGAUGAUGCACCAACGGCAACAACCGCUGCCUCUAAGGUUUAUAGUACAACUGCCUCAGCCGCCUUGCCCUCAUCAGAUAUGCACAGACAAGCUACUGCUUAUGCGAGGUUGGCCGAGGCUGCAGCUAUGCGCACUGAACCUACAAGUAAUAAAAUUAUCAGUGAGCUUACUGAUGAAUCUGGUCUAACAGUUCUUCCUGUAUCAGCUGAAGACACAGGAUUGUUGCCUAUUCGCAAGGCUGAAGCACAGGGGUCUGACAUCAUGCUAGAGUCGAUUCUGCAGGCAGAGGUAGCAAGGAACGCAAAGGAUUUUUUCGCACAGCCCCAAAACCUUAAUAUUAAGUGAAUAGAAAGAAGACGUUAACUUUCAUCUUCACCCUCUUGGAAGCAUGACAAUCUUUUGGGGAAAAGCAAUAUCACCUUCAAACUCCAGGUAUGAUGAUAAAUUCAGUCUGCAAAUUCCUUCAAAUAUUAGUUGUAAAACGCUCCCCAGAGCAGAAAUGGUCUUAUCCAGAGCAAUAAUUUUAUAGUGAUCUUGUAUUUCAUGCAAUACAUUGCUUUUUUAACGGAAUCAUAUGAACCCAUGUCGGUAAUCUUGGAGUACAAAGUCUUUACCCGGUAAGACGCAUAGCAAGGACCAAGAAUCUUAGGGGGCGUUUGGUUCGUAGAAUGGAAUUCAAUGGAAUUGGAAUUCAUCAAAUGAAUUUGACUUUGAGGGAAUGAAAUGAAAUCUGAUGAAA